AUGUCGGUACAUUCGACAUUUGCUUUCUAGCUACCUGUCAUUUGCUUCCUACAUAUCGGAUCGUAAUGACAUCCUGCUUUUCAUUAAAAAAAAGUGUUAUGCAACGAUUAACCAUACUGUUUGCCAAUUAUUCCAGCCAAAUUAAGGCUGAUGAUGAUGAUGAUCAAAUCAAACAGCAUUCUUUGUCGAUCUUUGUUAAUACGACAACCAAAGAGACUGAAGAAUCUGUCAAUUUAGAAUAUCAAAAUUCAAAAUGGUGGUCUAUUAAUCCUGAUGUUGUGUUAGCUUUUGGCCUAAUCAUAUUCUAUGCUGUGUUCGUGUUGUUCAUCCUUUUCAUUAUCCUGAGGAUCUUAGUGACCAUCUGUAUGACUACUACGAAUCAACAACCAAAAAAUAAUAAAAGACCAAAAAUCAAUAUUCGAUCAGAAUAUGGAUCUGAAUCAUCAUCGAAUUCAUGCCGUACAGGCCAUUCUUUAUCGAUGGCUAUGAUGAUGGUGGAUAUUGUUGAUCCAUUACGACCACAACAUAAUCGACAUCGACUACAUAACCACCAUCAUCAUCAUCAUCAUAGUGAUUUAUCAUCUUCAUUCUUGGAUCCCCAUCACCAUUAUUAUCAUCAUAAUCAUUACACAAAUUCACCAUCCAAUUCGUUUAUCAAAAGUAUUACGAAUGACCAGCAACAACAACAACAACAACAACAUUCCCAGCACUGAACUCAUGGGAAUUGAAUUAACCAACAAUGGACAACAUCAUUGUGUCAAAAAUCAAAAAUCAUCAUUCUCAAAUGAACAAUGGUCAAUGGCUAAUGAUCAACGAUUCUAUGGAAGAAUAGUUUUGACAUUAAUUUAUGAAAAAUACGAAAUUCCUAUCUUAAAAUAUUGGGGAAUAAGAGAAUUGGCCAGAUUCUUCAAAUAUGAACAUUAUGAACAAAUAUCAAAAGAACAAUGUCGUAAAAUAUUACUUCAAUUAUCAACAAAUGGAAGAACUUUAACAUUGGAUCAUUUUUUUAGCUUAUUACAUAUGUCACGAUUCAAUAUGGCUAAUCCAAUACAUCAGUCGGAAUGUCAUAGUAUGAAUAAAUCAUUGAUCAAUUAUUAUGUGGCCACUUGUCCAAUUUUAUCAUUGAAAUCCAAUGAUCAGAUUGAAUCAAACAUAUUGGCCAAAUACGAUUGUCUGUUGUACAAAUGUCGAUGUUUUCAAUUGAAACUUGAUUGGAAUAAAAAUCAAAUCGGUGUACUUGUGAAUCGCUCGAAUCUAGAAAUGAUUGGAGUCAGCCUAAAAACUUUACUCAAACACAUGGUUGAUUAUGGAUUCAAUGAGAAUCCUUGGCCCAUUCUAUUGGUAUUGGAUUGUAAAAAUCUGAUUCUUAGUAACCGGAUGAAUGAACUUAUUCAAACACUAAACAAUACACUGCCCACUCGACGAAUGUUCAACGAAUCGACAACAGCUCAAACCAUGUUUGGGUAUAAAUUUUGUUUCGUGAAAAAUUCCAAUCAAAUCACUUGGCCUUCAUUACAAUCAUUGUGUCGAAAAUUCAUUGUAAUCAUUAAACAUUCCGAUUCGAUGAGCACAGUGUUCAUGACUGUUGACAACAACAAUCUAGAUUGGAACAAUACCAAUGCUCAACAACAUCAUGAUAAUCAAUCGAACACCGUACGAUUGGCAAACGAACAAUAUUGUGUUCUUUCUCUCGAUUCAAAACGUAUUAUCGAUUCGAUUGAACGAGAUAAAGAUGGUUAUUCGGAUGAUUCAUUAUCGACAUUGACUAGUAAAGCAUUCACUUGGACCAAUCAACAGUCAUCAUCAUGUCGUUCGAUAGAUUUGAUUCGUAUGGGCAUUCAAUGUAUACCAUACAAGACAGAUGUUGAUGAUGAUGACGUUGAUACACAAGUGGCUCGAUCAUUUUUUGAUUCAAUGAAUGGAUCAUGUGGUUAUAUACUCAAACCAAAUUCAUUACGACAUGGUCAAAUGUAUUCUAUUGGUGUAAGCGAAGAUCGUUCACUACCUGGAGAACCAUCAACUGGUCCAACUCGAUUCAUAUUGACAAUAUAUUGUAUUGAAGAUUUAAUGCAAUUUGAUUCAUUUAUAAAUCCAAUGAGAUGUCAAGUGGUCGUACAGAUAAUGGGCCAUCAUGAAGACAGUUUUCGUUACGUAACCCCAACAUGCUCCACUCAAGGACAAAUACCAUUUUGGAAUGAACAGAUUCGACCGGUUAUUCGAUUACCUAAUUUUACAUUCAUACGUUUUGAAGUGUACAAUUGUUAUCGAUUAGUCGCUCAUCGAACAUUACCAUUCAAAGCAAUGAUGCGUGGAACUCGAUUCAUUACCUUGAAUGGGAUUGAUGGCAAUAACAAUGGAAAGCUAUUUGUUCAUAGUAAUUUCAAAAAAAUUGCAUCUUGUUGGUCACCAGAUUUCCAUGCUAAUGGCCAGCAACAGCAUCAUCAUCCAAAACAAAAACAUUUUAUCGAUUGUUCAGAUAUCGCUUUCAUUGAUGAAGACAAUGACGACUAUGAUCAAGACUAGUCAUCUGUGUGUGAUCUCAAAUUUAAAAAAAAAUAUUUAUUGUUUUUUUUGACAUUAAAAAAAAGUAGAUUUAUUCUUUGUUGAUUAAUUGUAACAAAAUUGACAUAAAUAAAAUUAUUGAAUUUGUUCCAACA